CCAUCUUCUUUGCUUUAGAGUUAGUUAGUCGGCGAGUAAGUGCUUAUAACGGUCUGGCAACAAAAUAUCCAUUUCUCUGUGUUUUUUUCCCUAAAAAAAUUUUUUCCAUCCCCUUAUACAAAAAAAAAAAUACCAUAAAAGAAAAAGUUAUUAAAAAAAAAGCUGAAAUCAUAAAAGAAAAAAAAUACUAAAGCCUAAAACACACACAAAACCAAAAAAAUUGUUCCUUUUAAUUUAUAAGUCAUAGAAAAAAAAAAAAUGUAAAAAAAAAAUCUUUACAAAACCAAAACCAAAAAAUUGAAUAAAUCCAGAAAAAAUGCAAAAAGCAACGGAAAAAUAGGAAUUAAGCUAAAAAAAAUGGAAAAUCACUAAAACCCGUUUUUUUUUUUAAGUGAAAACGAAAAAAAAAAAUUAAAGAAGAAAAAAAAAACCAAGUGAAUGUGUGAAUCAAAUGAAAAGUGCUAUAGAUACACAAAAGAAAAACCACACAAAAUCAUGACUCCGGAUUUUGAAGGCCAAAAAUAUAGAGUUCAAAAUUAUUGUUGAAAGUAAAGAAAAGCCUGGGUUUUUUUGGUUGGAAUUUAUAUCAGGAAAAACGACACAAAAAAAAAUUAUAUAUUUUUUUUUCUUCACCUACAAAGGAACAAAACAUUAGAACUAAUUUUGAAUUCAGCAUAACAUCAGUACCGCGGAAAGACCGCGGCAUAUUAUGUCGCGUGACGACUAUAACUCUGUGACCGUUGUUAGUUCUGGCAUUCGUAGUCCUGGCCGGUCUAGGCGGCUAACUGAAUUACCAACAGUAGACCGUUCACCAUCACGGGAUUACGGUGCGCGUGGAAGUCCUUUAGCAAUGGGCAGUCCAUACUACAGAGACAUGGAUGAGCCGACAAGCCCGGCCGGGGGCGGACAUCACCGGAGUAGGAGUGCCAGCAGACCACCGAUGUCACACGCCAUGGAUUAUCCAAGAACCCGAUAUCAAUCACUGGAUAGAGGGGGAUUGGUUGAUCCACACGACCGUGAGUUCAUCCCCAUACGGGAGCCGAGAGAUCGAUCGCGAGAUAGAUCUCUCGAACGAGGGCUAUACCUAGAGGAUGAACUCUACGGCCGAUCGGCCCGACAGAGUCCGAAUCCUAUAGGUAUCCCAUCAUCUGAUCGGGCAUACCUGGGGGACCUUCAGCAUCAGAACACUGACCUGCAGCGGGAACUGGGCCAACUUAAACGCGAAUUAGAGCUAACAAAUCAAAAGUUGGGCAGUUCCAUGCAUAGCAUAAAGACGUUCUGGUCGCCGGAGUUGAAAAAGGAACGGGCUCUGCGAAAAGAAGAAAGCGCCAAGUAUAGUUUAAUAAAUGAUCAACUAAAGUUGCUUAGCAGUGAAAAUCAGAAACAAGCAAUGCUAGUACGUCAGUUGGAAGAAGAAUUGCGAAUGAGAAUGCGGCAACCGAAUAUCGAGAUGCAGCAACAAAUGGAAGCAAUUUACGCAGAGAAUGAACACUUGCAGCGUGAAAUCAGUAUCCUACGUGAGACAAUCAAGGAUCUGGAGUGCCGAGUGGAGACGCAAAAGCAGACACUAAUAGCGCGUGACGAGAGCAUUAAAAAGCUCCUGGAGAUGCUGCAAACGAAGGGUAUGGGUAAAGAAGAAGAACGUCAAAUGUUUCAACAGAUGCAGGCGAUGGCUCAAAAACAGUUGGACGAAUUCCGUCUUGAAAUACAAAGAAGGGAUCAAGAGAUUAUGGCGAUGGCCGCCAAGAUGAAAACGCUCGAAGAACAACAUCAGGACUAUCAGCGUCAUAUAGCGGUUCUGAAGGAAUCACUGUGCGCCAAGGAGGAACAUUACAACAUGUUGCAAACGGAUGUGGAAGAAUUGCGAGCGCGACUGGAAGAGAAGAAUCGUCUGAUUGAAAAGAAGACACAGGGUACAUUGCAAACAGUACAGGAACGCAAUCGUUUAACGAGUGAAUUGACCGAACUGAAGGACCACAUGGAUAUUAAGGAUAGAAAAAUCAAUGUUCUUCAAAGAAAGAUUGAAAACCUUGAAGACCUGCUGAAAGAAAAGGACAACCAGGUUGAUAUGGCCCGUGCCCGUUUGGCAGCAAUGCAAGCUCAUCACAGUAGCUCCGAAGGUGCUCUAACUAGCCUCGAAGAAGCCAUCGGUGAUAAAGAGAAACAAAUGGCAUUGCUUCGUGAACAAAGAGAUCGUGCCGAUGCUGACAAACAAGAGGAACGUGAAUUGCAUGAACGUGAAGUUGCUGAUUAUAAAAUAAAACUACGUGCUGCCGAAAGUGAAGUUGAAAAAUUAAAUACCCGCCUGGACAGAGCUCUAUCUGAGAAAGAACGAUUAGAAAUCAAAUUGGAAGCAUCACAGAGUGAAUUAGGCAAAUCAAAGGUUGAACUGGAGAAAGCAACUAGUGAAGUUGGACGCAGUUGUGCCGAUUGGGAAGCCACUAAACAGCGAAUUGCCCGCCUCGAAUUGGAAAAUGAACGGCUGAAACACGAUUUAGAACGUUCCCAGGUACUAACAACAUUCGGUCGAUCCACCUUGAAUACAUCACAAGAGCUCGAUCGGGCUCAAGAACGUGCCGACAAAGCAUCUGCCGAACUGCGACGUACUCAAGCUGAAUUACGAGUUACUCAGGGCGAAACAGAACAACGUUUUUCGGAUGCGGAAAGAGCACGCGAAGAAGCUACUGCCCUGCAAGAAAAACUCGAAAAGAGUCAGGGCGAAGUUUAUCGACUGAAGGCGAAACUGGAAAAUGCUCAAGGCGAACAAGAAAGCUUCCGACAAGAACUCGAAAAGGUACAGGCAAGUGUUGGGCGAAUUCAUGCAGAAAGGGAUAAGGCAUUUGCCGAAGUUGACAAAGUGAAAGAAGAACUGGAACGAACUCAAGCGACACUCGGAAAGGCACAACUACAACAAGAAAAACUGCAAAACUCACUGGACAAAGCUCAAAACGAAGUCGAUCACCUACAAGAUAGAGUCGAUAAAGGAACUGCCGAAAAUCGCCGACUUGUUCUUGAAAAAGAAAAACUCACAUUCGAAUAUGACGACAUGCAAUCACAAUUGGACAAGGCUCUGGGUCAAGCUGCACGUAUGCAAAAGGAACGUGAACUUUUGGCUUUGGAUAUGGAACGAAUUAAGGACAAAAUGGACAAGACACAAAUAUCACUUGCUCGUAUACAGAAAGAAAGGGAUACAUUGUCUGAUGAGCUGGAGACGAUUAAAGAGCGAGGAGAAACAGCCCAAACGCUCCUAAUGAAGGCACAACGUGAAAAGGAGGCAAUGCAAACCGAUGUUGAUGUACUCAAGGAGAGGUAUGAAAAAUCCCAUAUGGUCCAACAGAAACUUCAGAUGGAGCGUGAUGAUGCUGUGACAGAGGUAGAAAUUCUCAAAGAAAAACUUGACAAAGCAUUGUAUGCCAGUCAAAAACUUAUCGACGAGAAGGACACAUCUAACAAAGAGUUUGAGAAGAUGCUUGAGAAAUAUGACAGAGCACAAAAUGAGAUCUAUCGACUGCAAUCAAGAUGUGAUACUGCAGAAGCUGAUCGAGCUCGAUUAGAAGUUGAGGCUGAACGAUCAGGCUUGGGUGCGUCGAAAGCCCGCGAAGACCUGCGUAAAUUACAAGAAGAGAGCACUCGCCUCCAAGAGGCCUGUGACAGAGCUGCUCUUCAGCUUAGUCGAUCCAAGGAAUCUGAGGAGAAUGCUCGCGCAGAACUCGAACACAAUCGUGAACGAUUCGAUAAGAUUCAAACAGAUCUCCGAAGAGCACAAGCUGAGAAGGAACAUCUUAACGGUGAAAUGGAGAGACUCAAUUAUGAACUUGAGAGAGCACACAAUACCCAGACCAAAGCAAGUUCGUCUCUGGAAGCUGUUAAGGAGGAAGUCACACAUUACGUUACCGAGCUUGAAAAGAUGCGUGAACGUUAUGAAAAGAGUCAAGCUGAGGUACGAAGACUCAAUGACACAGAUACGUAUGGUCGUGAAACAAGACGUCUCAAAGAAGAGAACGAACGACUCCGAGAGAAACUUGACAAAACACUCAUGGAGUUGGAGACAAUUCGAGGCAAAUCACAAUACGACUCCGAAUCAUUCGAAAAAUAUAAAGACAAAUUCGAAGCUCGUGAACUCGAAAUUCAAAAUAUCGAAUCGAAAUUACACGAAACCACAUUGCAACUGGAACUCUCCAAAGGCGAAGUGGCUAAAUUGCUGUCAAACCAGGAGAAGCAACGAAGCGAACUGGAACGCGCACAUAUUGAACGAGAAAAGGCUCGCGACAAACAUGAGAAGUUACUUAAAGAAGUCGAACGAUUGCGACUGCAACAACAAUCUGCUGCACUUAGUCCGAGCACUAGCACUACUAAUCCUGCGGAGAGACAAGAAAUUGAUCGCCUGCGAGAUCGUCUCGAAAAGGCGCUACAAUCGAGAGAUGCCACCGAACUUGAAGCCGGUCGCCUUGCCAAGGAACUGGAAAAAGCACAAAUGCAUUUAGCCAAGCAACAAGAAACUAACGAGUCUACGAAGAUUGAGUUUGAGCGUAUGUCAGCUGAACUUAGUCGAAUGCACGAGCGUCUUGAAAAAUCAGAGGCUGAAAAAGAAUCGUUGAGACAAUCAGGUAAGGGACCUUCACAAACAAAUGGCCAACUAGAAAAGGUUCUGCAGAAAUUGGAGGCUGAUAAUAAGCAAAUGAUUACCGAGAGGGAUCAAUUGGUGCAACAGUUGGAGAAGAGCCAAGAGAUGUUGAUGAACUUCCAGAAGGAACUGAAUAGAUGCGAGCAAGAUUUGCAAGCGCAACGAGAAGAGAACCGCAAACUGCGCAACGGACAUCCACCAUCUGCUGGCAACGGUCAAGAGGUACAACAACUCCGAACCGAAUGCCAACAGCUUAAGCAGAGGUUAGAAGCUGCUGAGAAGGCUCUGCAAGCAGCAGCUGCUGCCGCUGCAGCAGCAGGUGGCAAUCCACAGGAGAUUGAGAAAUGGCGAAAGGUUAUCGAGCAGGAGAAGAAUAGAGCAGAUAAUGCCGAAAAGGCAGCCGGUGAAAUGCAUAAACGAAUACAGAUGAUGGAUAAGACAUUGCAACAACAGCACCAGCAAAUGCAGCACAUGCAGAAGCAGUUAGCACAAGCACAAGCAACUCCAGCACCUGCAGGAGGCGCCGCGCCAGAUACUAGUAAGGAACAAGAGAAGCUCAAAGCAGACCUACAAGCCGCGUGCCUUGAACGCGAUCGAUUCCAGCAACAACUGGAAAUGUUGGUACAGGAAUUGGAGAAGAGUCAACUUAAUUUGAAUGAUGCAACCAAACAAUUACAAGCCGCACAACAACAGCAACAACAACAGUCAGCUAACAAGGGACCAGCCGAUGAGGCUCAACGAAAACAAUUUGAGGCUCAAGCCAAACAACUUGAAGAAGUACGCAAACAAAUCGAUAAUCAAGCGAAAGCAAUCGAAGGCGAACGAAAGAUCAUCGAAGAGCAGCGAAAAUCUAUCGAAGCGAAAAGAAAAGACAUCGAAGAGAAGGAAAAGAAAAUGGUCGAUUUCGAUGUACAGUUGCGAAGACGAAAAGAACAAAUGGAUCAGCUGGAGAGGUCAUUGCAACAACAAGGUGGCAGUGCUGCCGUUGCGGGCGAGAUGAACAAGAAACUUAUGGACACGCAACGACAGUUGGAAGCCGUGGUGAAAGAACUGCAUCACACCAAAGAAGAGGCUAAGAAAUCAACAGCUGAAACCGAAAGACUCUUGCAACUCGUGCAAAUGUCACAAGAAGAACAAAACUCGAAAGAGAAAACGAUAAUGGACCUACAACAGGCCCUCAAGAAUGCUCAAGCCAAACUUAAACAAGCACAAACUCAACAGCAGCAAGCAGAUGCUGGACCCGCCGGCUUUCUCAAGAGCUUCUUUUAAAUUAUUAAUUGGACUGUUCCGUGUUAGCGAUUUACAACUUAUAGCGUUAAACAUCUUUAUAUUAGUGGAUGCAAAGCAAUUGACUUAGCGGUGACAUUUAAAAUGCCAUUUUGGCAAUUAAGGAAACUAUUGCAGCAACCACUUAAAAUUAACUUAACAAUAAGAGAAAAACAAAAUGUUAAAAAAAGAUGUGCUGAAUCUGUGUUCAAACAAAAAAAAAAACAACCAGGGAUAUAUGAAAACCAAAAAAUAUACUACUCACAAAAAAAAAAUCGGCAAAAGUGUUGUAAAAUUUGCAAGAAAAUUUAUUAAAGAAUGCAAAAAAAAAAAAAAAUUAGAACAAUAUUUAAUAAAAUAAAAUAAAAAAUGAUUUAGAAAAAAUAAAAUAAAAAACUAUGUUAAUAGUAUAAAUGGUAUAUAUAUCUAUAUAUAUAUAUUGAACAUAAUAUACAAAAUUUAAAAAAAAUAGCUAAAAAUAAUUAUCAAAUUAAAUUUAAUAAAAUAAUUUAUAAAAAAAAAUUAAAUAUAUAUAUAUAUAAAUAAUUUAUAGGUAGCUCAGAUAAAGGAAAUACAAAAAAAAAGAAAUCGUUUAAAUAUAGUGUAAAUAUUAUCAUAUAUAUAUAUAUAUAAAUAUAUUAAAUAAAAAAACAGUUACAAAAUGAAAUUAGUAAAAUUUAUAUAUAUAUAAAUAAAAAAAUUAAAAAAAAAAAAACUGAUAUAAUAUUUCAGCAACGUAAUCACAAUAAUACAAAUUAACUAUUAACAAUAAUUUAAUCAAUAAAAACAAAACUUAAUAAAAAAUAAUGAUCUUACAACAGCAACAACAACAACAACAACAACAAAAGAAAAUCGUUACCUUCAUGGCAAAUUUUAUUAAAACAAAAAAACUAUUUAUUUAUCUCAAUCUAUUUAUUAAAAACAAAAAAAUAACACAAAAAAAAUACUUUCAAUAUCACUUAACAAACUAUCUCUUCUAUCGUUCUCUCUGUGUCUUUUUCUUCUUAAAACAAAACAAAAAAAAAAACAAAACUAGUUUUUAACUAAAAACACAACUCUUAUUCUAUCUGGUGCUUGAGUGUUUAUAUAUUAUUAAAACUUAGUUUUAUUUUUAAAUAAUAAUUAAAUUCUAUAUAUUAAAAAUAUAUUAAAAAAUGGAACUCGAGAACGAAUAAGAUAUGAAUGAUUUUUUCUUUCAUUUAACUAAUAUUUACUGUUAAUUUUUGCUUUUAUUUCUUUUUUUUUUUUUUGUUUUCUGAAACAAAAAAUAUCAAGAUUUUACAAAAGAAAUAAAUCUUUUUAAAAAACAAAAAAAAUUAUUAACAACACUGCCAUGUUAUAAUUGUUUUUAUUUUAAUUUAAAAAAAUAUAUAUAAAAGAAUAAAACACACUCUUAAAUGACAACAAACAACAAAAAAAACUGUUACAAAACAAUACAAUAUUGCAAAAUCAUAUCAUUUAGAUUUAUGUAGUAGGAAAUGAACAAAACAAAAAUGAAACAAAAAAAAAAUAUAGGAACGUGUAUAUGAUACUCUCUCUCUAUCUCUCAGAAAGGAUUAACUUUUGAAAUAAAAAAAAUAAAAAUAGCAAGAAUACAUUAUGAAUGUUAAACAUAUAUAUUUCUAAUGGGAAAAGUAAGUAAUUUGAAAUUAUUAGCUAGAAUGGAAUACCACACACACAAAACAAAAAAACACUAUCUAAGCAGGUAAGAAGGGUCUCUCCCGUAUCUUCUUUACUUCUUAUUCGAUUUUUUGAGAUUUUUUUUUUACUUUUUUAAUUUUUAUCUCAAAAAAAGUUCAAUUUUUGAAUGUUUGGGGAACGCAUUCUCGUGUAAGCGUUCCAGGGAGUAGCAAUUAUUUUUCUUUUAUAAAUAAUUUUCCUAUAGCUUUCUCUCUGAUUGAAUCUUUCACAAGUAAUUCACAACUUUAGUUUAAUUAAUUUCCCAAAAUGUUUCCUGCAAAAUAAAUUAAUUAAACGGCAUUUUUAAACAAAAAAAAAAAAUAAAAGUAUAAAAUAUAUAAAUCUUUAUAGAAACAAAUAAACACAUAAUAUUUGACCAAUUGAAUAAGAUAAGGAAUACAAUUUAAAUAGGAAAGCUUGUUAAGACAAAACAAACAAAAAAUACCAACACUCAUAGUUAAGUUUUUUCUACAGUUAGAAUUGGACUCCAUUUUUCUUUUUUUUUUUCUUUUUCAAUAUUUUCUUUCAUAAAAUACAAAAAAUAAACAACAAAAAAAAAAAAUCCGCUAUACUUAAGGAAUUCAAACAAAAAAAUACAUAAAUACAUUUUAGCUACAUUUCUGUAAAUUCAUUAUAGUCAAAUUAAAAAAAAAAAACAUAAAUUUAUAAUAAAAAUAAAUUCAUAUAUAAAAAUUACCCUUAAUUUUAUUUUAAUCAUUAAGUGAAAAAAAAGUAAAUAUACAAAAAAAAAACGUCUAUGCUUGUUAAAUUUACAAUAGCGACUCAACUCAAUCUCAAAAACUAAUUUUCAAAAUGCAGAAACUACUUUAAAAAAAACAAAAA